UGAAUGUAUGAAAGCAAUGCUUGUGUGCAGCACUAUGAAGAGUCUGUGGUUGCGGGUUGCAAAUAGUCAAUUUUAAUUAUGAUCAGUGUUAGUGCGCUUUUAUAUUAAUAGACCAUAUCAGUCUAAGUUUUUCUGUUUUGAUCUUGUAGCUCUUGGAACUUUCGUUUAGUGUUUGAAUGUACGAAAAAAUAGUGUUUCGAAAAAAUUUCCUCCUUUAGUUCUCCUCUAACAGGUUCCAAUGCUGAAAGUGCUUUUGGUGAAUGGGAGGUUUUUGAUGUUUUGGGUUUUAGUACAAUGUUUCGGUACAAAUCGUUAUUAGUGCAGUGCGAUGUCAGAGGAAACCCAGCUCCAUGCUCCUCGUGGACUCCCAUCCAACACUCCCAUUCAUUACCAUCACAUGUAACACACAUCCACCAAUGAGUUUCAAUGCUGAUGAAUAUUGCUCGUUCAUCUUCUUUUUUGCUGCUCUUUAAAACCUCUACCUGAAUGACAACUGUGAUUUAUUUCUUCAAGCCACAGUGCACGUUUGAGUCUUCGCCUCGUUUACCGUGUCAAUUGAUGAAGAUGCCAAUGCACUAGCGCCUGCGAGUCGUGAGACGCAACCAGGAUGGCGGCGUGCGGUGCGCGGUGGCCGAUGCCUGCGCGGUCGGAGAGGCACUGCAGCGACGUGACGUAGUGGCGGAUGCGAAUCGAUGAGCUCCGAGCCGGCGUGACGUGGCCCCGGUCCCCGGCGUGACGUGGCCCCGGCCCCCGGCGUGACGUGGCCCCGGUCCUGCGGUCGGUCCUGAACGGAGAAUGAGCUCCACCGGCGACAGCCACACCAAGUCCCUCUGCCCGCGGCUCGUCGACUACCUGGCCAUCGUCGGGAGUCGAACCGGGCCCCCGAGAGCCGCCCCCGGCCCAGGCAACAUCAACAGUGCCUCGCCGCCCAUACAGUUACCGGAGCUUUUGCGGCGGUAUCCGGCUGAGGAUCACAAAGAUUUUCCAAUGCCUUUAGACAUGGUGUAUUUUUGUCAGCCAGAGGGAUGCAUUUCCAUCGGACCUCGGCGAACCGUUCUCAAGGAUGCUUACUCUUUUGUGUUCACUCUAACGGAUAAAGAUUCAGGCAAAUGUAGGUAUGGAAUUUGCGUCAAUUUUUAUAGACCAAUUGAAAGAAGUGGAGACUCGAAUCGAGACCGUCAGUUACGCAGAGAAUCAUGGUGCAAAAGUAUGGAGAAAAGUUCUGAUUCUGCUUUUUCUAGUGAUUAUAAAAGUAAUGUAGCUCCAAGCGAUUCUGAGAGGGAUAUUCCGAGCAAACGGGACUCAGACUAUCCACUGUCUAGGCUGGUAUCUUUUCCUGCGCCCCUGCCAGGAAAUGAUUCGGAAAGCGGUGGAUCCCAUUCUCCGUCUCCCAGAGCUAGUCGCAAGAGACAGAAACUGCGGAAUCACUCGUUAACUUCACUGUGCCUUUUAUCCCACCACCCAUUCUUUUCUACAUUUAGGGAAUGUUUAUUAAUUUUGAAAAGACUGAUAGAUGCUUGCAAUGGAAAUGCAUCACCGCGAAGAGUUGGUGCAUGUAGACAACUUAGUAGGGAUAGUGUAUGGAGUGUACUAACUGGUAGACCAAUAGAAGGAGCUUCCUCUAUUGUUCUGCACGAUGUUAGAGAAAUAGAAAUGUGGAUUCUAAGGUUGCUUAGUGCCCCAGUUCCUGUUCCUGGCAAAACUAGAGUGGAGGUGGAAGUUUUAUCUCCGCAUCUCCACUCACCGUUCAUGUUUUGUUUACCAGACCACACGAGAUUUGCCCUAGUCGAUUUUCCGCUUCACUUGCCUUUAGAAUUACUCGGCGUGGACACAUGCCUCAACGUACUUUCUCUCAUUUUAUUAGAACACAAGUUGGUGAUUCAGUCUAAAAAUUACAACGCCCUAUCAAUGUGCGUUAUGUCUUUUGUAGCGCUAAUUUAUCCAUUAGAGUAUAUGUUUCCUGUGAUACCUUUGCUUCCUUCCUGUAUGGCUUGUGCUGAGCAGUUACUGCUGGCGCCCACCCCUUAUGUCAUUGGAAUACCGGAGAAUUUUCUAAUGACGAAAAGAAAUUUUCAGUUACCUGAUGACGUAUGGCUUAUUAAUUUAGAUUCUAGUCGAAAUUGUAUCACUCCACCUAGUGGUUGUAGAGAAGAAGUUCCGCCUUUACCUGAGCCCGAGUGUUCAAUUCUGAAGAACCAUUUAAAUCAGGCACUCAAAAGUCUAUCAGAACCUUCGAGUCAGUUUCAAUCCUCAGAAAAUCAGCGGCCUUCGUUACCAAACAUUCACUCGCAAUCCACAAAUCCCUUCUUGUACGGAAAUGAUGUUGAUUCUGUUGAUAUUGCUACCAGGGUUGCAAUGAUUCGAUUUUUUAAUUCUAGUAAUCUUCUUGGCAAUUUUAUGGAGCAUACGAGAACCUUAAGACUUUACCCACGGCCAGUUGUGGCUCUGCAGAUCAACAGUUUUUUACACUCUAGACCUAGGAUUACUCAAUUUAUCAGUAAAUUUGCAAGAAGUCAGGCUGUGGAAUUUUUAGCUGAAUGGUCCUUAACACCAAGCAAUGAAGUAUUUCUGCGAGUCCAUAAUGGUAUCUACGAUCCUUCGCAGAUUGGAGACAAAGCUAAGUGGUUUGCAAGCAAUUUAGAGUGUGUUAAAUUCUCUGUUUGGGACGAUGCAAGCUCUCUUGGAGGAGUAUUGAAACAUAUGCCGCAGCAAGAACAACCUACUGAUGAGAGCGGGUCUGAUUCAGAAGUCGCUGACAGUACAAGUUCCUCAUAUUCUUCGCUAAGUGACCUUGUAUCAGAAGUCAUCUCAUCCGACAUCUCUUCAAAAAGUGGACCGGUCGGUGCUGGCGUUGAGGCGGUUUAUCAUCCACCCUCCUCUCUUCAGCUGCCCGGUGAGCUACAACCAGUCCCGUCACCUCAGUCUCCUAUGUCAUCCGGAUCUUCAAGUCCCAGCGAUUUGAGCUCUCCAGAAUUCAGAGUCCAAGAAAUCAUUCCACCUGCUGGAGCGAUUCCCCCACCGCCGCCUCCAAACUCAGGAACGAUGACUGCAACACCCAAAGCAACGAAACCUCCCACUCCUUCUGUUUCACGACAAGGCAGCCAAGGGUCACUCUUGGACCAAGCGAAGGAACUAGUGCGGGAAACAACUAGACAGAGCAGUCAAGAAGGAUUGAUAGCGCAUGUAGAUAAGUUAACAAUUCACGCCAAGAAAGCUGCUGGAGAAGCAAGCAAGUCUGUGCAAGAAGCAAGCAAAACUGCAAUCAAAGCCAGUAAAACGGCUGCUGGAGUGAGUAAAAACACGUUCGAGGAUCUGACAUACAGAGGCAAAAACACAAUCGGCGAUCUAACGAAAAGUGCCAAGGAAGUUGCUUCCAAAAAAGGGCUACUCAAGGUUGGAAGGAGGGACUCCGACGUUUCACAAAACCCAUCCCAGACUGUUGCUAAUUCUGACAUGAGCCGAACAACUAGUCGAGAUUUCUUUUCUAAUAUCAGCAGUGAUCUCAACGGAAUUGCUGCCCAGACCACCAGUAUGUUCAGUGACUUCUUUGGUAAUAAAACUUCUAAAAAUGAAAACUUCAACCCACAACAGCAGCAAGGACAGCCACGAUUUUUCACACCACAGUCGCCUUUGCAGCAGCAGAAAUCACGAGAGAAGCCGCAACCUUUUGGUCCUUUCCCGAGAGGUCGAAAAGGUCUAGUCGAGAGAUCCUCCUUAAUACGCCAUUCUAGUCCUAAAAAACGACAAGAUGAACUGCAGAAGCAGCAAACUCUUGAGCGUUCAUCCAAUAAUCUAGAAAAUCAGGCAUUUUUAAAAGAUGUGAUAAACCAAGUACUAGAGGGUGAAGGUGUAAGUUGGUUAAAAGUUACCAGGCUGAAGAAAUUGCUAGAGGACGAAAGCAAUAGAAAUUUAGUAGUUAGCAAAUUGAAUUUAACGCUGGAUCGAAGAAUAGGACCAGCAGAUCACAUAGAUGAUGUGUGUAUUAGCAAGCAAGUUUGGAAAGGAAUGAUCAAAAUUCUACAGUAUAUAAUUCAUGGAUUAGAAGUAACGUACUCAAAUUAUGGGCUGGGUGGAAUGGCGUCUGCAUUUCAGGUCUUGGAAAUAGCGCACACGCAUUUCUGGACAAAAGAUAUGGCUGAGGCUGCUAGCGUUGGGACAAUUAACUUUGAUUCGCAGCAAUCGAGUCCAUUUGGAAGUCACGAGAACUUAAGAUCACCUUCAAGUCCCUGCAGUUCACCUGUGCCCUCUUCAUAUAUCGAGUCCCGAAAAUCCUCCCAAGCUAGUGCCUAUGGUGAAAGUUCCAGCGCAUCACUCCCCUCCGUUCGACUGACGCAAGAGCCGCAGACUGAAGACGAAAGUGUGAGUCACUCUACCACCGAUGUGUUCAAAGCUCUCCUCAACCAAAAGCGGCAGAUGCUCCUCUCCAAACUUUCCUCUGUUGAUGUAGAAGGACCAGCUGAAGGGCACAUGCAUGGGUCCCCAGAAGCUGGGAGCUCCUCUGACGCAGGGAGCAUCAUCACUAACCCUGUGUUUACGCUUCAGCGAUUUAGCAAGAACAAUGCUUCGUUCAGAAGUACUGUCUCUGACAGUGAAAUCGAUUCACAAUCCACUCUGGGGAGAGUGUCCAAGCAAAGAACACCAAGCGUUUGGUCCAGUAAGUCAUCCUUAAGCACUGGAUUCAGAUACCAUGGUGGCAACCUGGUGAAUACCGCCACGCCAAGUCCUGAAACGGGGAGAACAUACCUGUUUGAAGGAUUAAUAGGAAAGGAAAGAUCAACAUUAUGGGACCAGAUGCAGUUUUGGGAGGACGCCUUUUUGGAUGCAGUUAGUCAAGAAAGAGACAUGGUAGGAAUGGAUCAAGGCUCAUCUGAAAUGAUGGAACGGUAUAAGUGCCUGAGCGAAACAGAAAGGAAAAGACUUGAACACGAGGAGGACCGUCUUUUAUCUACGCUUCUUUACAACUUAACAGCCAUAAUGCUAAUGAUAAAUGUUAAUAAGAACGAGCUCAAGAACAAAGUACGCCGACUUCUUGGCAAGAGUCACAUUGGACUCGUUUACAGUCAAGAAGUCAACAUUUUGCUGGAUCAGAUCGAAAACUUGCAUGGAAAUGACAUUGACCUGAAACCUCUUGGCUCUCGAAUGGCUGUGCGGAAGAGUUUCACCGUCCACUGUGGAACGGAUGCAAGCGGUGAUCUGCUAUUCUUGGAAGUUCGAGAGGACGGUCUAAUCCUGCGCUCUGUGUCUGGGGUGAUUGUGGAGAGGUGGUGGUUUGAAAGGCUUGUCAACAUGACGUACAGCCCAAAAACCAAGGUCCUCUGCUUGUGGCGCAAGUGUGGCGGUCAGACUCAGCUUCACAAGUAUUACACAAAAAAAUGCAAAGAAUUGUACUACUGUAUCAAAGAAGCAAUGGAAAAGGCUGCUCUCAGAGGUCAAGGAGUUGUGCAAGGCAUCGAAUUGGGCGGAGAAUUUCCUGUGGAAGACAUGAGCACAGGCGAAGGUGGCCUUCUUCAAGUCUGUAUGGAAGGAGUAGGUCUGCUGUUUGCCAACAGCAAGGAUUUCGAGUUUUUCGUGCGGUUGGAUCAUAUUCGAAAGUGUUUCACGAUGAAAGGAGGAAUUUUUGUGCUUGAAGAAUACAAUCCCAAGACUCGGCAAGUUAUCCAGCGAAAAUAUAAGUCCUCAAUGGCUAAUCAGAUUUGCUAUGCUGUCCUGUGUGUGUUCUCGUAUGUUGCUGCUGGACGAGAGCAGAAGAAAGUUUCGAGCAAUAGGCCAUCCAUAUCAUCGACUACACCUUUGUACUCUGCUUCGUAAACUACUUUAGAGUGACAUCAACUGCAUUGAUGUCUGUUGACUCUGAAUACAAGCUACUUGCUUAUUUCUGGGUCCUCUCUUGCCAGUAGCGCACUCUGAAAUUUCGAACAUCAUACAGAACGGUGUAACUUGGAGGCAGUCUUUUGGUGCAGUUUAGUAAUUAAGUUAAGCUUGAAUAAAUUCAUAUCAUGACGAGAACUUCAAAUAAGCAAAUGUUUGGUUUCUGUGUCAUCGUUUCUUUGAAUUUACUUGUAUUCUUUGUUUCUGAUGCAUUCUUGAGGAAAUGGAAAGAAUAAAGGGAACCAUCCAAACACAGGGCCGCCACAGUCUGGGAAUAUGGAGAAUACCGGGAAUUGUCAGAGAAUUUUAUUUUUAAAGAAGUCAGAGGAAAUGACGAAAGUAUCAGGGAAAAUUCGUUGAGUCACUCUUUUUUGUUCUCUAGAAUAGAUUUGACGUUUCGAAUAACAGAUUUUAAAUGGAAACCAUUUCAAAUUAUGUAUUUGUAACCAUCUAGCAUACCUCCAAUUAUUGUCAGAGAAUUUUACCGAAAUGUAACAGGGAAAUCAGGGGAAUGUCAGAGAAUUUUAUUUUUCAAAUUAUGUGACAAGCUUGAAAUGAGAACUGAAAAAGAACGUUGAACAAUAAUUUGAAGGGGGGAAAAAUAAACAAAUCUUGCGGUACUUCAGAAUCCCUGCUGCUAAUUUCUUUUCCAGAGAGCAAACUUCUUUUCUGGAAUUUUUCGUCUAAAAAAUUGCUAAAUCAUAAAAAAAUAUUCACUAAAAGUCUCCUCAAAACCCAUGCAUUUGCUUCUUUAUACUUGAAAUGUUAGCGGAGAUUUUAGAACAUUGCAACCAAGAAAUUCCCUUCCUGCAUCCAGUGUAUAAUUGCGCAAGAACGCAAUAAAGAAAUUAGAAAAGGGUAAGAAAAAUGCAGGUAAUUUUAAGGAAUAAAAAUUCCUUUCCCCUGGAAUGCAUUUUAAUAUAAAGUGUUCUAUAAUGAGUUUUACAUUCAAUCGCUUUGUGUAUUAUCUUGCAGAAGAAAGAAAAUUGUAAAAAGCAGGCUUAGACACCAAAGAAUAUUUUUAAACUUGAAACUUGAGACUCUGUAAGUUUGAUCUUUAUCAUUUCAAUGAAUAAAAAUAAAUAAUCUCCUUUAGUGAUUUAGACCGAAGACUUUUUUUAGCUCUUAAAAUUAAUUAACCCUAAGAGUGAUUCAGAGAAACGUCUAACUUCUUCCAACAACUGAUUCUAACUGAAGAGAACCUCAAACUUUUACCUUCAAUUGAUUUAUCAAACAUUCAGGGUAGCAAAUCAUUAAAAUUCCUUUCAGAUUUUACCGUUUUCAUUUGUUAGCGCAGAUGCCACAAAUGCCAUACACUCAGGCAACUGAAAUCCGUAAAUUUACAUGAAAUAGGGUCUCCUAUCUUUCCUCAGACCUCCAUUCUUGCAAUGAAGCAAAAAUACGUACAUAUGUAUCCCUUAAGGAAGUAUUUUUUAAAUGUAUCCUCUGAAUGGAAUAUUUUAGUUUUUUAAAAUGUGUAGUCUAGUGUGAAUACUUUAGAAAUGAAAUUGAAAUAUCAUGAUUUUGUACAAAAUGUAUACUUUCUCUUGUUUUUCAAAUAGUAUAGUUUUGGUUGUUGUUCAUGUUUCAUGUAACUAGUUACUUUUUUGUUAACCGUCAACUAUUUAAUUACGUAUGAACUCACUUCCUCUGUUUAAAUCGAUUUUGAAUCUCUAGUGAAAUGACAAUACAGGUUUAAGCAAAUAAAAUUUCACAAAUUCUAAUGUUUUAAUAAAAUAUUUUUUAUGUAGCUCUAUUUACAACUCAGACGUAUGUGUUUAUAUCUAAAUGUGCCUAUAUACGCAUGCCUGACUCCAAUGUACCUAACGAAAAUUUGGUAAAGUGAAAAUAAACUAGUUGAAGAAUGAUACGUCCAA